AACACCGUUGCCAGGUAACCAGUGCUUCAGCCCUCGCGGGCUCGGUGUGACAGAGAAGCUGCAGAGAGUCAGACUGCAGCCGUCAGAGGAAGACGACCGUCAGCUAGUUUUCCGGUGACUACUGAACAAACUGAGCGGGCUCCAUGGGUCACAACGACAGCUUCUUAGGGCUGAACCGAGCCGUUUUUAGAGUGUCGAAGAAGGCCAGGAGAAUUCUUCCUAACAGCACGUUUGGGACAUGUCAGAAAGUUCUUCAGGUGUGAACACUCUCAGUGGCAGUUUUCCCAAAUCCCACUCCUCCCAGUGCUCCGAGCUCAGAGUUACACGCACACCUCUGUCUGUGGACCAGAGUCCUGAUUCUGGAUUAGUAUCUACACCUCUUCCAUCCAGUCGUUUUCGGUUUGUGUCGUGGCAUCGUCUGGAGCAGUGUGAUGUCACAGGUGACCAGCUGACCUGCCCCAGGGUCAGAGAAGGGCCAACGGCGGAGGAGCUGUUUGAGAGAGAGGGAGAUGACAUCUGUGUGGAGCGAGGGAGGAAGAGAAGAGAGGAUGAAGGACAGAGGUGGGAGGAGAGGCUUCAGGAGAACUGGGAAAACUGUCUGGAGUUGAAUCUGUCCUACCAGAACCUGGGAGACCCCUUCCAGCAGGAGAACUUCCUCAGAAUCCUCCGUCGGUUGAUCCGUGUGGAGAAAUUACAACUGGUGGACAACUCACUCACCAACCUGAGUUCUGUACGCCUGCCAAGGUGCAGAAUGCUAAACCUGCAGCGUAACCGCCUGGUUUGUCUGCGUCAGCUGCCAAAGCUCCCAGCCGUGGAGCACCUUUGUCUGUCUGAGAAUGCCAUCAGCUCCCUGGGGGGACUAGGAACUCUGGGAAACAGCCCACUCCGCUCACUCAACCUCACCCGCAACCCGGUGACCUUCACUCAGGACUACAGAGCACGAGUUUUCCUCUGUUUGCCAAAGCUCGAGCUCCUGGAUGGAAUACCAAAACUGCCAGAAGAUUCUCUGCCUGCCAGACUACAUUUCCCAGAAACCACCAGGAUGUGCAACAUUUUAUGACUGUCCUCCAGGGAUAAAUGGAGUUCUCUCUCCAGAACCUGUCCAAACAUUAAAGGUGAUGAGAGAACCUUCCUUCAAAGCUCUUCAGAGGAAAUACAAAAACUUUACAGGCCACAGUGACACUGCAGUCACAGGAAGUGUGUUUGAAGGCAAUGCAAAUUGAUUUUUAUAUGUUCUACCAAAUGGAUUAUUAUUUUUUUAUUUCUCUAUGCUUCUGAUUUUUCACUCAUAUUUUUAUAAUAAAUAGAAAAUGGUAAAACCCUU